CGAAGCAGAAGGAGCUCUGCUCUGAUCUGACCUGCAAUUCACCGUAUUUUUCGGCGCCGUUUAUGAAAGUUAAGCUACGGAUACGCUCUCCACACUUCUGAAGCCAAUCAGCGAGCUCCACGUGUUCUUCCUCCGACGUCUAUAAACGCCGGCGCCCCCACUUGCAGCUACGACGCCUCGCUUUUUCUUUUCGCUCCCACGAAGCCGGAAUACCACUUUCUUCGGUGCUGGCCGCGCUCUCCGGCUUGGAGUGCGCUGGAUUUGUCGUCUGGGAGGAAGCCCCUACGAGAUUCCGUCUUGAGAAACUGGGGAGGAGAGAGAUGGAGCAGAAAGGCGGUCUGGUCGUGGAGAGGAGGGCGGAGUUGAGGGAGGUGCAGACGCUCGAGGGCCAUCAGGAUAGGGUUUGGGGGUUAGCCUGGAACCCGACGACAGGAGCCGGAAGGUUGCCGCCGAUGCUUGCGUCUUGCAGCGGCGACCGGACGGUCCGGAUUUGGGUUCAGGAGGACCCCAGGAACCCUUCCUCCUGGGAGUGCAGAGGUGUGCUGGAUGAAAAUCAUACUCGAACUAUUCGGUCCUGUGCAUGGUCACCAUCUGGAAGGCUGCUGGCUACAGCUAGUUUUGAUGCCACAACAGCAAUUUGGGAAAUUGUUAGUGGAGAUUUUGAUUGUGUUGCUUCUUUGGAGGGACACGAGAAUGAAGUUAAGAGCGUUUCAUGGAGUCCAUCUGGUUCACUACUUGCUACAUGUGGCCGUGAUAAAUCUGUUUGGAUCUGGGAAGUACAGCCUGGUAAUGAGUUUGAGUGUGUGUCGGUGUUACAAGGGCAUACACAGGACGUGAAGAUGGUGAGGUGGCAUCCUUCAUAUGAUGUUCUGGUCUCUGUCAGCUAUGAUAAUUCUAUAAAGGUUUGGGCAGAGGAUGGAGAAAUGGAUGAUUGGCAUUGUAUACAGACAUUGGGUGAUGGAAGCAGUGGACAUUCAUCUACUGUAUGGGCCACAUCUUUCAACUCCAAUGGGGACCGUAUGGUCACAUGUAGUGAUGACCUGACAUUGAAGAUAUGGGAUACUAGUGUGGAUCCAAAAGAUGCUAGUUCUGACAGUAGUAUACGAUGGAGACAUCUGUCCACAUUAUCAGGGUAUCAUGAUCGAACAAUAUUUUCAGUUGAUUGGUCAAGGGAUGGCAUAAUUGCUAGUGGAGCUGGUGACGAUUCCAUCUGUCUGUUCCGUGAGAGCACUGAACCAUCGGUUGAUGGUCCAUCAUACGAGUUGGUACUGAAGAAAGAGAAGGCCCAUAACAUGGAUAUAAAUUCAGUUCAGUGGCAUCCGAAGAUGUCUCACCUUCUAGCGUCCGGGAGUGACGAUGGAACAAUAAAGAUUUGGGAGUUGACAACUGAGCCAUGACAUUCCCCAUUUUCCAGAGCUUUUUUCUUGCUGGUUCUAUGUAUAUGUAUAUUUCAGCGAGAACAAAUCACCAUAAAUGAGGUCUUUAUCGUUUUUAUUCGAGGCGUGUACGUGGGAAAAAAGAACGCAAUUAUUGUUAAUGCGUUCUCCAUCAAGGAAAACCAUAUGCUUUUGAUCA